AUGAAGCUUGUACGAAUUCAUGCCAAUGCUCUGGCAUAUUCUAUGACUACUCUGGGGAGUGGGAUGUUGAGCACGGUCUUUAAUUUUUACUACAUGCAGCUUUUUUUGAAGCAAUACAAGAUUUCAGAAGCUGCCUUUCACCAGUCUCAGGUAAUUUUUAUGAUCUGGAACGCUUUUAAUGACCCUCUUUUUGGAUACAUUCAAGACAACUCCAAGGCAUCUUAUUGUUCUGGACGUCAGACUGCUAUCUUGUAUGGUGCCCCUUUCUAUGCACUGGCUUUCCUCCUUCCUUGGUUCCCUUGGAAACAAUACCAUGAAGGUGACUGGCUCAGCGGGCUCCACCUUGUGGUGUCCUUAUGUGCGUUUGAUGGCAUGCUGACUUUUGUACAACUAGCCCAGUGUGCGCUAUUUGCAGAGAUUUCCACUCGACAUGAGAGUCGACUUCAACUUAUCAAAUAUAACCAAGUGGCCUCUCUAGUGGGAUCGACCAGCAUACUUUUCUGUGGCCUUAUCUCUGAUAACAUGGAAAAUUUACCUUAUUUCCAGGCUUUUUCCAUUGUCAUUGCUGUUCUUGCUACUGCCUGCCUUUUUUAUACUGGCAUUUACAGUAUGAGUCACUAUGAACUUAAAAGAAGCCCUGGAGAAAGCACUGACUCAGAAAGUGAAUCGGAACUCUCCUGGUCCUCAGUUAUCUUGUUGACCAAACAAAUCCUAACCCAGAAAAAUUUUCUGCUUUUCUUGUCAAUGAAUUUCUUCCAAGUUUUCCAUUUAACUUUCUUCAACAACUUCAUGAUGAUCUUUGCAGAUAACCUCAUUCCCAAAGAUGCUUUUUCUUCUUCCAUGAGGAGUAUCAUGUAUGGGGCAGGGUUUAUUUGUCCACAGUUUCUUGUGCUUAUUAGCCACUCCUGGCUUAAGAAGUUUGGUUACUAUAAGGUCAUUUUAUUUUCCUUCUAUAUAGAAGGAGCAGCUGCAGCUGUAAUGUUCAUCCUGGGACAAGAGCACUAUUACAUUUUGGCAUUUUAUCUCACAGCUAGCAUGGUAGUAGUUCAAGCCUCAUUUAGUUUGUUCAAUCUACCCCUGGCUGACAUCAUUGAUGCGGAUGUAGUUAAAUUCAACCGGAAAUCACCCCUUUCUUCGAUGGUUUUUGGGACCAAUGCUUUGUUUACCAAACCUGCCCAGUCCUUAGCACCAAUGGUUAUAGUCACUGUGUUAAACCAGUUUGGAUAUGAGCAGCUAAACAAGACAGCCUUGCAAGUUGAUCCCAGUUUAUUAACAGGUCUUCAUGAUGCAAUGUUCAUCCUGAUUUGCCUGCUUCCUCUGGGCAUCACAGUAAUCCAGAUUCUGGCUUGGACUCCCUUUUCUAUCAGGAGCAGCCAUCAUUCCAACUGGACAGUAACCUUGUAACAAGAAUAUAUUCUAUCAUGAGUUUAAAAUGUGGCUGGAGGUUUUUGUAUUUUUUUAAUUAAAAAAUUUUUUCAAUCAA